AUGUAUGCCUUGUGGGUUCGCCUCAAACAACAAGUGCUUGGACUUGAACACGACGAUGGAGAGACUGUAAAUAUUCCGAAUGAUCAUGUUGAGUAUGAUGAGUUUGAUGAUGAGGUGGAUGGCAGUGGUUCUGUGUCUAACAUCACCAGUUCCUCCGUGAUGGCAUCCAUGGAUGAAACGACCUUUCAAAUAUCGGAAGAAAUGGUUGCUUUGCCUUCCUCGGACUCGAGUGGAGAUUUGAAUGUAAAUUCGGGUAUGAAUCAAACGAAUGUGAGCGGAGGAGGAGGAUCCGUUUCUUUGCAAGUUUCAAGAAAGAGUAAUAUUAAAUGGACUCUCUGUAGAACCACUCCAGCAGCUUUGGAAAUUUAUAAAAAGAAGAAGAGUGAAGCUGCUGCUAUUUCUUCGAAUCCUACAAGUGGUAUCAAUAGUGCCAUUAAUUUAUCUGAAAGUCCAAAGAAACAAUGUACAUUACAAAAAAAAGAAACAACAACCAUGAUCUCGGUGACAGUGAGAGAAGGUCGAUAUGAGGUUGAGUCGUGUCGUGACGUUCCAUAUUUUGAAGGAUCCAAUGAUCCAAAACACAAAUUGAACAUCUUUAGAAGUAGAGUGAAAAGAACUGGCACGCAGGAAGCUGUCAAGCUGCCAGUUCUGUUUUUUUGUCACGGAGGAAGUUGGCGUAGAGGUGACAGAAAUCACAGAUGGUUCGAUACUUAUAGUAGAUUGGCCAUGAGAGUUUGUCAAGACUUUCCGUGCAUAUUUGUGGUCAUUGGCUAUAGAUUGGCGCCAGCUGUCAAAGCAGUACCAGACCAAUGUGAAGAUGUGCUUACCUCAUUCCAAUUUUGUGUUGAUAAUAUUGAAAAGUAUGGAGGUGAUCCUUCAAACAUGGUUCUAUUUGGACACAGCGCUGGAGCACAUUUAAUAAGCUUGUGCCUUCUGAAAUAUGGAAUGAAUUUGAAAAAUCUCAAGGAACCUCAAAUCAAGGAUGGUACUGAAAAUCAGAGAGAUCUUCUCGAUCGACUACUCAUAGAAAAAAUUAAGGGCGUCAUUUGUGUUGGAGCCGUUUUUGAUGUUCAGUAUGUGGCAGAUCGAGUGAUGAACUUACCUAGAAAGCUCAUUGUUGAACCUGCUUUUGGAGUGGCCGAAAAUUACGAAGAAUGUUCACCAAUAUUCUACGUUGAAAAAGAGAGACUAUUUUUCACCAAACACAUCAAAGAUCUAAAAUCUGUACCUUCCUUUUUUAUUUCAAAUGCUGAGAAUGAUUUGACUUUGUUUUCAUUCUUUUCCAUUGUAGACCAAGGAGAACAAUUUGCAGAGAAAAUGAAACAAGUUUAUCAAGACUUGUCGUCUGAAAAUCCAUUAUGGAAUUCGGAAAGGCCCCCACAAGUCAAAUACAGACGAUACGGAGGUCACACCAACCAUUUUACAAUCAUUGGUCUUGGAGCUAGUAUGGGAAAUCCAUACGAGCCAUUAAUCGAGGAUAUCAUUGAAUUUUCAAAGCAAGUUUUGCAAGGUCACAAGAUUUUGGAACAAGAGAAAGAAAUAGUGACUGUUGAACCACUUACUUCUACGUCAACACUGGUGGUGACCAACACUACAACAGAAAUUCAGAAGCCUUUUUUAGCCAAUCCAUCUGAAAACAGCACACAAGAAAGUCAAUCGUUAUCAAUCUCAGAAGGAGAACAACAUCAUCAUUCGAUUGAGCAAACACAAAACACUUUCACUUUGUAA